CGUCGCAUGGGCUGGCUGAUCGCCUUCCGGAUUUGGUAUUCCGGUGGGAGAGAGCUGAAAACAAAAGUGGAUUUCAGAAGAAGCAACUGGAUGUUACUACCCACUCUACAACUUCAUACAUCGCCUUUAAAGAUCGAUCGUAGAUUGAGUUCUUGAUUCUGUUUCUGUAGUAGGAAAUAGGCUUUUAAAGUUCCCAAACUAGUUCUUUUUUCCUCAUGUCGUUUGGAUCUUCCCUCAUACUGCGCCACCGCGCGGUGGCCGCCGCCGCCGCCCCGCUUCCAGUCUUUAGCAACAUUAUCCGCCGCUUCUCGAUUGCUGCCAGGCAGCGAAACCCUAACAAUGUCUCCAAGAGGCUGCAGGAAAGACAGGCACCUAACAAGAAUCUUCUCAAAGCUAAAGAAAGGUUCAAGGACUAUUCCUCUCUAGCUCCUGUUCUCUCCCGAGAUGACCAUCCCCCUCUCUCUGAAUCCCAGGCCAUCGGUCUAGUGGCCGCUUCUCAUGCCAACAUUAUGCGCGUCAUCGUCCCAUCUCUCCCCUCAUCGGAAGCUUCCGAUGAGGGUCUUGAACAAUCUUCUUCAUCUGCUCGAAUUGAGCUGCUAUGUUUUGUGAGGAAUUUGUUGAAGAAGAUAAAGAGAAGGGUGAUGGUUGGUGAUAAGGUGCUGGUAGGUUCUAUUGACUGGGUGGACCGAAGGGGCAUGAUUGAAAAUGUGUUCGAGAGAAAUUCUGAGAUACUUGAUCCUCCGGUUGCUAAUGUGGACCAUUUGCUGGUGUUUUUCUCGCUUGAACAACCUAAGCUUGAGCCGUUUUCACUCACUCGCUUUCUGGUGGAAGCUGAGUCAACUGGGUUACCUGUCACGCUAGCACUGAACAAGACUGAGCUUGUGGAUAAAGAGACUCUGGGUUCAUGGAAGUCUAGGCUACGCAGCUGGGGUUAUGAACCACUAUUUUGCAGUGUCGAAUCCGGACAUGGGAUUGAUCUUCUUGCAUUCAAGUUAAGGGAUCUAACAACCGUAAUUGUGGGUCCAAGCGGUGUUGGGAAGUCUAGUUUGAUCAAUGCUCUUAGAAGCAAGAACAAUCCUGUUUCGAAUGGUACAGACGAGGAUAAUUGGUUUGAACCUAUUUUAGGCAGCAAGUUGUUUGAAAGUCAGCGUGUUGGGGAGGUUUCAACAAGAAGUGGCAGAGGAAGGCAUACAACUCGCAAUGUUUCUCUGCUUCCGUUAUCUGGAGGGGGUUUUAUCGCCGAUACUCCUGGAUUUAACCAGCCUAGCUUAUUGAAAGUGACAAAGCAAUCACUUGCCCAAACUUUUCCGGAAAUUCGGAAAAUGCUUAGUGCCAAUGAGCCUGCAAAAUGUUCAUUCAACAAUUGCUUGCAUCUUGGUGAACCUGGAUGCAUCGUGAAAGGGGACUGGGAAAGAUACCAAUACUAUUUUCAACUUGUUGAUGAAAUUAGAAUCAGAGAAGAGUUCCAGCUAAGGACAUUUGGAACAAAAAGAGAAGGAGAUAUAAGGUACAAGGUGGGAGACAUGGGUGUCCAGAAAGCAGAACCACGACUAGAACCCAAGAAGCAUAGGAGGCAGUCUCGGAAGAGGAUUAACCAAUCACUUUUAGACGAGUUGGAAGAAGAGCUAGAUGACGACGACAAUUUGCUUGAUGAAGAGAGUGAUCCUGUUUUGAGGGCUCUGAAGAAUGAAGACCCGUAGAACAUGAAACACAUCGCAAUAGGCAUUGUAAAUAGUUCUUUUUGCUUGAUCAAGCUGUAAAAAUGACAUUAACAAAACCAUUUGCAAACUCCUUUUCACUUUGCCACCUUUCUUAUUCAUGUGUGGCAUGAGUACUGCUUUCCACAUUUGGUUCUUUACCACAGAGAUGUAUUGUAAUCAUGUGUAGUUGCACUGUGAUCCUUUUUAUUCUAAUGGAAGUUGAUUUUCCUUAAAAA